GGGGUCAUACCCGCUGCUGAGGAAGUGUUGGAGACAGACCCAUUGUCGUACCGUAAGACUGGGCCGUUGCAACUAUUGGCCGAGGGACAACAUCAGUACAAGAAGCGCUUCUUCUCACUGCGAAACGGCCGCCUGACACACUGUGGCAUGCAAAUUAAAAACGAGUUCCUGAAGAGGUGCGUGUGCACGUAUGUAGGAUUAUGGGUAUGCGCACCAACCGUUCGUGAACACGCAUGUGUAUUCGAGUACUUGUAG